AUGGAGAACGAAAUAUUCACACCCCUUUUGGAGCAGUUCAUGUCUAGCCCUCUUGUCACCUGGGUUAAGACAUUUGGACCGUUAGCUGGAGGAAAUGGGACCAACCUGGAAGAAUAUGUGGUGCUAGUGGAUGGCGUGUUUCUGAAUGAAGUCAUGCUGCAAAUUCAUCCGAAGUCUGCUAAUCAGAGGAUAAACAAAAAAGUAAACAAUGAUGCAUCAUUAAGGAUCCAAAAUUUGUCUAUUUUGGUGAAACAAAUAAAAACAUACUAUCAGGAGAAUUUGCAGCAGUUGAUCGUGAUGUCUUUGCCAAAUGUAUUGAUAAUUGGCAAAAAUCCUUUUUCUGAGCCAGGUACUGAAGAAAUCAAAAAACUCCUCCUGCUUUUACUUGGCUGUGCGGUUCAGUGUCAGAGAAAAGAAGAAUUUAUUGAAAGAAUCCAAAGUCUGGAUUUUGACACAAGAGCAGCUGUUGCAGCCCAUAUUCAAGAGGUAACGCAUAACCAGGAAAACGUGUUUGAUCUGCAGUGGGUGGACGUCAUUGUAUUGACACAAGAGUAUGUUGAACCUCUCUUGAAAAACAUGGCAUUACAUUUAAAAAGACUUAUAGAUGAAAGAGAUGAGCACUCAGAGACUAUCAUAGAGCUCUCCGAAGAGCGGGACUGUCUCCGUUUUCUACCUCACGCAUCAGCGGCACAAUCACCUUGUGGAUCUCCUGGCAUGAAGCGCACUGAAAGCAGACAGCACCUGUCGGUAGAGCUAGCAGAUGCCAAAGCGAAGAUAAGGCGGCUUAGGCAAGAGCUGGAGGAAAAAACUGAGCAAUUGCUUGACUGUAAACAAGAACUUGAACAGAUGGAAGCUGAACUAAAGAGACUUCAGCAAGAGAAUAUGAAUUUACUCUCAGAUGCCCGUUCUGCCAGAGUGUAUAGGGAUGAAUUUCGGGAGAAGGCAAUUCGAGUCGACAAGCUUGAAAGUGAAGUCAGCCGGUAUAAAGAGAGGCUGCAUGAUAUUGAAUUCUACAAAGCGAGAGUGGAGGAGUUAAAGGAAGACAAUCAAGUGUUGUUAGAAACAAAGACAAUGUUGGAAGAUCAACUAGAGGGGACCCGAGCCCGUUCCGAUAAAUUACAUGAGUUAGAAAAAGAGAAUCUACAAUUAAAAGCUAAAUUGCAUGAUAUGGAGAUGGAGCGUGAUAUGGACCGAAAAAAGAUUGAGGAACUCAUGGAGGAAAAUAUGACUCUCGAAAUGGCUCAGAAACAAAGUAUGGAUGAAUCAUUGCACCUUGGCUGGGAACUUGAGCAGAUAAAUAGGACUACUGAACUUUCUGAAGUGCCACAGAAGUCACUUGGUCAUGAAGUAAAUGAACUGACAUCAAGCAGAUUGCUGAAGCUGGAAAUGGAAAACCAAAGUUUGCUGAAGACAUUGGAAGAACUACAAAGUGCAGUGGGCUCUGUGGAAGGCAGCAGUUCAAGGGUUCUGAAAAUGGAAAAAGAAAUCCAAAGACUUAGCAAAAAGCUUGAAGAGCUAGAGAAUGAAAUUAGCCAAGAAAAACAAAGUCUUCAGAACAGUCAAAAUUUGAGUAAAGAUUUGAUGAAAGAAAAAACACAGCUUGAAAAGACACUUGAAGAACUUCGAGAAAAUUCAGAGCGACAAAUUAAGCUGUUAGAACAAGAAAACGAACACCUCAGUCAAACCAUAGCUUCUCUAAGACAACGCUCACAAAUCAGUGCUGAAGCAAGAAUGAAAGAAAUUGAAAAAGAAAAUAAGAUUCUUCAUGAGUCUAUUAAAGAGACCAGCAGUAAGUUAAAUAAAAUUGAAUUUGAAAAAAAACAAGUCAAGAAAGAACUGGAACACUACAAAGAGAAAGGAGAGAGAGCAGAAGAACUUGAGAAUGAGCUGCAUCACCUGGAGAAGGAAAACGAAUUAUUACAGAAAAAAAUUACUAACUUAAAAAUCACUUGUGAGAAGAUAGAGGCCUUAGAACAAGAAAACUCAGACCUGGAAAUGGAAAACAGAAAACUGAAAAAAACUUUGGAUAGCCUGAAAAAUCUCACUUUUCAAUUAGAAUCCUUAGAAAAAGAGAAUUCACAACUUGAUGAAGAAAAUUUAGAAUUAAGAAGAACAAUUGAAUCCUUGAAGUGUACAAGCAUUAAAGUGGCACAGUUACAAUUAGAAAAUAAGGAACUGGAGAGUGAAAAGGAGCAACUUAAAAAAAGCCUUGAACUCAUGAAAGCCUCCUUUAAGAAAACUGAGCGUUUGGAAGUCAGCUACCAAGGCCUAGACACAGAAAACCAAAGGCUACAGAAGGCCCUCGAAAACAGCAAUAAGAAGAUUCAGCAGUUAGAAAGUGAACUGCAAGAUUUAGAGUCUGAAAAUCAGACUCUGCAAAAGAACUUGGAAGAGUUAAAAAUCUCUAGUAAGCGCCUGGAGCAAUUGGAAAAGGAGAAUAAAUUGUUAGAACAAGAGACUUCUCAACUGGAGAAAGAUAAGAAGCAGCUAGAAAAAGAAAAUAAAAGGCUUCGACAACAAGCAGAAAUUAAAGAUAGUACUUUAGAAGAGAACAAUGUAAAAAUUAGUAAUCUGGAAAAAGAAAAUAAAUCCCUAUUUAAAGAAAUAGUUGUACAUAAAGAGUCAUGUGUACGUCUGAAAGAACUAGAAAAAGAAAACAAAGAACUCGUGAAAAGAGCUACCAUUGAUAAGAAAACGCUUGUCACUUUACGAGAGGACCUGGUGAAUGAAAAAUUGAAGACCCAACAAAUGAACAAUGAUCUAGAAAAACUUGCUCAUGAACUUGAAAAGAUAGGCUUGAACAAGGAGCGUCUCUUGCAUGAUGAACAGAGCAGUGAUGACAGGUACAAGCUUUUGGAGUCAAAAUUAGAAUCCACUCUUAAGAAGUCUCUCGAAAUCAAAGAAGAAAAAAUUGCUGCUUUGGAGGCUCGUUUAGAAGAAUCAACAAAUUUAAACAAGCAACUUCGUCAGGAACUUAAAACAGUGAAGAAGAACUAUGAAGCUCUCAAGCAAAGACAAGAAGAAGAAAGGAUGGUUCAGAAUUCUCCUCCAAGAAGUGGAGAAGACAGUCAAUCAGUCAAUAAGUGGGAGAAGGAAAAUCAGGAAACUACUAGAGAAUUAUUGAAAGUUAAAGAUAGAUUAAUUGAAGUGGAAAGAAAUAAUGCGACACUGCAGGCAGAGAAGCAAGCACUGAAGACACAAUUAAAGCAGCUUGAGACCCAGAACAGCAAUCUGCAGGCUCAGAUUCUUGCACUUCAGAGACAGACUGUUUCUCUACAGGAACAAAAUACAACUCUGCAAACUCAAAAUGCCAAGCUGCAGGUUGAAAAUUCCACCCUUAAUUCUCAAAGCACAUCUCUUAUGAAUCAGAAUGCACAACUGUUGAUCCAGCAGUCCACUUUAGAAAACGAAAACGAAGGUGUGCUCAAAGAGCGUGAGGAUCUGAAGUCCUUGUAUGAUUCACUUCUCAAAGAUCAUGAAAAACUGGAACAGUUGCACGAACGGCAAGCUUCAGAGUAUGAAACUCUCAUUGCUAAACAUGGAAGUCUUAAAUCUGCACACAAAAAUCUGGAGGUGGAGCAUAAGGACUUAGAAGAUAGGUACAAUCAGUUGCUGAAGCAGAAAGUACAGCUGGAAGAAUUGGAGAAAGUACUCAAGGUAGAACAGGAGAAAAUGCUGCAGCAAAAUGAAAAGCAUGAAACUGUAGCGGCAGAGUAUAAGAAACUUCGUGAUGAAAAUGAGAGGCUUACUCAUACCUACAGUCAGCUCUUGAGAGAGAAUGAAGUUCUCCAAACUGAUCACAAGAAUUUGAAAACAUUGUUGAACAAUUCCAAACUAGAGCAAACACGGUUAGAAGCUGAGUUUUCUAAACUCAAAGAACAAUACCAACAACUGGAUAUUACAUCGACAAAACUAAAUAAUCAGUGUGAGCUGCUUAGCCAGCUUAAAGGAAAUCUGGAGGAGGAAAACAGACAUCUACUAGAUCAAAUUCAGACAUUAAUGCUGCAGAAUAGAACAUUACUUGAGCAGAAUAUGGAAAGCAAGGAUCUCUUCCAUGUAGAGCAAAGGCAGUACAUUGACAAGCUAAAUGAAUUAAGGCGACAGAAGGAGAAAUUGGAAGAGAAGAUAAUGGAUCAGUAUAAGUUUUAUGAACCAUCUCCACCAAGAAGAAGAGGCAACUGGAUUACUCUGAAAAUGAGGAAGCUGAUAAAAUCUAAGAAGGAUGUUAAUCGAGAACGUUUGAAGUCUGUGACCCUUACGCCUACCCGUUCCGAAUCCAGUGAAGGAUUUCUUCAGCUGCCCCACCAGGACAGCCAGGAUAGUUCCUCUGUGGGCUCAAACUCUCUUGAAGAUGGCCAGACCUUGCUGACCAAGAAGAGCAGUA